UUCUACUUGCUAUUAUUUGAUAACGGUCGCAGUGCUGUUCAGUUGUGUCCAUGUUGUGUCCCUUGUCCAACUUUGAAAUAUUAAUGUGAUUUCUGUGUUUCCACUUUGUUGUAUAUUUUGACCUGGCAAGAAACAAAAUGUUUGCACUCGGUAGCAGCGACUCGGAUUCAGACGACGACGUUUGGGUCGGUCCCUAUACUCUUGACGAAGCGAUUUAUGAUGCGACCAAGUCCAGACGUGCCCUGAUCAAUCAUAGGCAUUCAUGCAUAUCCAGCUUUAGUCACUUCAACACUAGAGACGAAUCUUCGGAUAAAAGCACUUCUGAGACGUCGUACACGACUGCAUGCGAUACAGUUGAUAGUACUGAACAUAACAAGAAAAGUGCAGAUGAAAGUGAAGAGGGUUUCCACUCGGAUCAGUUUGCUGGCGAUGAACUUCAAGAAGAAAAUUUGGAUGCAUUAACACUAAAGUCCAAGUCUAGUCAAAAUUAUAACUUCCAACAGUAUUUCGCUGCAAAUCAAUCUUCAGAGAAGACCUCACUAGAAUCAUCUUACAGUACUGGAUGCAGUGAAGUUGCUAAUAGAAGCAAUCGACGCGUUUCUAAGAAGUUCGCCAAGACUGAAACUUACAAAGAAGAUGAAUUCGACACCAGUGAGUCCAGUCAAGAAACUCAUUUCCAAGAUCAUUGCGUUGCAAAUAAGAACACAUUAGAAACCUCUUACAGUACUGCAUGCAGUGAAUUUCAUAAUAGAAGCGAUCACUUGGUUUCUAAAAAGUUUGCCCACGCUGAAUAUUACAAAGAACAAGCUGCAGAAGACUUCGGCUCGGAACAGUCUUCUAUUGAUGAUUCCCAAGAAGAAAAGCUGAGUGCGUUAUCACAAGAGUCCAAAUCGAGUGAAGACUAUACUUUCCAACAUUACUUCGAUGCAGAGAAGAAUGCACUAGAAUCGGUGCAUAAUGAAAACGGUCAACGCAAUUCUAAGAAGCUGUCGGUUACUGAAAUUUACAGAGAAACUGGUGAAGAAAAUAUCGCAGAAGACUUCGAUGCAGAACAGUGUUUUGUCGAAAAGCUCCGAGGAGAGAACGUGGAUGCAGUAAAAUUCGAAUACGACUUUCAUAAAGAGCGGAAUUUUUCAAAUGAAGUGUGCUCAAUACAGUCUUCUGUUGUGUGUGAGUUCAGAGAAGAAAACGCGACUGCCAUUACCUUAGAUUCAGACUCGAGCAAAAACUAUACCUCCUCUUCGGCUGAUUCCACGUCAACACAUGAGAAAUCCGUCUUAAACCGUAGUUUCGCAUCCGCACUUCAUCCAGAAGAUGAUAGCAAGUUCAAGUAUAACUCAGACUCGUCAGGUCUUGAGGAGUCUGUUGCGAACUUGCAUUUAAAGCCUGGAAGGCGCAGUGAUAAAAUUUCACUUACUACACCAGAUGAGCGAUUAAGUGAUUCUUUCACUCUCGAUGAUACCAUGGAGGAACUAAACCAAUUCAUCCAGCAAGGACCUGAUUAUGUAAUGAGUCCAAAAUCAAACUCAUCUGCGAAUCUACUUCAAAUUCCCGCCGAUUUUGUGCCACUUGCUCGAAGUACGAAUGCCAAUCAUUUCCCUGAGAGCUUCGCUUCGCCAAACUCAACUAAAAGUAGCACCCCUAGCACAGGCUUUAAGUCCAAAUUACCCACUUUUACUGGACGCAAGCGGACCGGACAUUCGGCGGAAAAAACCAACAAAGUAAAGAGCGUUGAAAAACCGGUCAAAUCAUCUGAGAACGCGGAGUUUGAAUUUAAGGUGCCCAAGCCACCACUUAAUCGAACCCCCAGGUCUAAGUUGGAACAUAGAGUUAGUCCUGUGGGGAUUUACAUCAAGUACAGUCCCCGGUAUUCUCCGUUAGUGAAAGUUUCGGCCACUUCGCGUCCAAACAGUUCCAAAACCAAACUGUUCGCGGCUGAACCUCAAUCCAAGGAGAACAUUCCCGAAGCUUUGAACUGCGAGUUUCCGGCGGUUAUUUACAAACCAGCCGCGACAAGAAUGGUCUCGGAACAACAAGAUGUUAAACUUCCCAACAGUAUUAAGAAACUGGUAUCGCCGCAAGUGGUAAGCAAACAUGAACGGCGGAUCGAGAGACAACAGCACGAUGUCUCCAUAGAACGGCGUCUCUUAGAAUCAGACUUGACCAUACAUAUGGAUGAUAAUCCAGAUAUUUCCAUUGUCGUCAAUAAGCAACCUUUUGCUAUUAAGAAAUUGUAAAUGUUUUUAUCGUCUAUUAUUCCUUACAGUUGUAAAUAGUUUUAAUUUUUUCAUUCAAUACACGGGUUUUGCCGA